GUUUUUGAGAAGAUUGUCUUUACUGAGGAAUUUUCAGGCAUAAGUGAUUUUACGUUAAAUCAAUCCAAAUGGAAGAUUUUAGAAGAAAUUGUAUUUUUUUUAAAAUGCUUUGCCAAAUUAUCAACUGAAAUGUGCUCAUCAAAAUAUCCAACAAUUAAUGAUGUAUACCCUAUGUAUAAUCAUAUAAUGAAAUAUACUGAAAAAACAAUGAAACAAAAAGAUGUUUCAAAAAAUAUAUAUAAUGCGACACAAGCAGUAUGA